GCCGUCUGCAAAGCGGAGCUCGUCGGCAAAACGAGCGAGGAGGGUGCUGGUAUUUAUACGGUUGCCGAAUCAUUUUUUAAUCGCGAAUUGAUUCGGUGUGUGUUUGUCCUCAGAUAUAGCCGAGUGUUGCUGCCGUCGCCGAAUAAGAGUGUUUUACGCGGAUGAUAUUAGCAGCGUUCGUAUUGUCUCAGGGAGCCAAGCUAGCUUAACGUAGCCCGGAGUGAAACGGGAAAGCCAACCAGCGGAUGUCGUGGGGAUUUCUUGGGCUUUCUCAAACCUACUGAUUUCUUCAACGCUAACUUAAAUUGAAUCGACUGUGAGGAAGGAAAAAUGGCUUGCGAACCCAAUCGUGCCCGGCUGCUGUGCAUGCUAUCAUUGACUUUUGGGUUUUUCAUCGUGGAGGUGGUGGUCAGUCGGAUGACCUCGUCCCUGUCAAUGCUGUCGGACUCCUUCCAUAUGCUGUCGGAUGUCAUCGCACUCGUCGUGGCUCUAGUGGCGGUCCGGUUCGCCGAAAAAACCCAGGCGACCAACAAGAACACCUUCGGCUGGAUCCGAGCGGAGGUGAUGGGGGCUCUGGUCAACGCCGUCUUUCUCACGGCGCUGUGCUUCACCAUCGUCCUGGAGGCGGUCGAGCGCUUCACCGAGCCCCACGAGAUCGAGUCUCCAGUGGUGGUGGCCGGGGUCGGUGCCGCGGGGCUUCUGGUUAACCUGCUGGGGCUCUGCUUGUUCCACGGCCACGCGGGCGGAGGCCACGGACACUCUCACGGAGGGCACUCUCAUGGGAGUAAGAAUAAGCGGGGCAAAACGAGCAAGAACUCGAAGGCUGGAAACGGGUCUUCGGGAGAGGAGACCAACAACUUGGUGGGAAAUCACAACAGCCCAGGCGAUGGGAGACCAAGAAAUGAAAUCAGCUGUAAAGGCAGCACAGAGGUGCAGAUGAAUGGAAACACCCACUAUGAGGAGAUGGAUCCCGACCACGACUCGUCGUCGCAGCUCAACAUGCGCGGGGUCUUCCUGCAUGUGCUGGGCGACGCCCUGGGCUCCGUCAUCGUAGUGGUCAACGCUAUAAUAUUCACCUUUGUGUGGCAGCCCUGCAUCAAAGGUGAGAAGUGCGUGAAUCCGUGCGUCAACAGCCACUCCGCUGACCAUUACCAUGACAACAACACCGUCGUCGAUCUGCACGUGGGUCCAACUGUGCCGACCAUGAAGUUCGCCGGCCCCUGCUGGGUUCUUUACCUUGAUCCCACGCUGUGCAUCAUCAUGGUGAGCAUCCUGCUGUACACUACCUACCCUCUGCUCAAAGAGUCGGCCCUCAUCCUGCUGCAGACCGUGCCCAAGCAGAUCAACAUGCACCGGCUCAACGAGCGUCUGCUGAGCCUGGAUGGCGUCCUGGCCAUCCACGAGCUGCACAUCUGGCAGCUGGCCGGAAGCCGCAUCAUCGCCACGGCGCACAUCAAAUGCCACGACCCCACAUCUUACAUGGAGGUGGCCAAACGCAUCAAGGACUUCUUCCACAAUGAGGGCAUCCACGCCACCACCAUCCAGCCCGAGUUUGUCACGUUCAGCUCAGAGUCUCGAGACUCCCUGUGCGAGCUCUCCUGUCGGACUCAGUGCGCUCCCAAGCUGUGCUGCGGCGCUGCGGACAAACAGAACACCGGCUCUGACAAGAAGGCUGCAGUCGCUUCAAACCUGGAGGUGAUCAGUGAGACCUCAGAGGCGGCGGGGGCCGUAGUUCAGGUGUGCCCUGGGUCUGAGGCUGAGGUCAGGAUUGCCAGAGAAGUGGAGUCAUCUCUGUGAGAUGAAGGGUGUGGAGAAGAGCAGAGGAGAAGCAAGAAAACCUCCACUUUGGGCAAAAACAUCAUCAUCAUUUGCAGGAAGCUGUACUAUUUGUGGCUUAAUCAUUGCCCCGAUAGGUCCUUUUAUUUUCGGUUAUUGCCCAUCUACACGGCUGAGCCCCUUUCACUCCCUCCCAUGUUCAUACAUUGAGCCUUAGUUCAACCCCCCCAAGCCUCUCCUCCGCCACUCAGUCCCUCCCUUGUUGUCCGUGGCUCUGGCAGUAUGGGGGUAUGGUUGCGAUGCAUGUUGGGUUGCACUGACCUCAUCUCCACUAGGACUGGAUCAAGGCCUGCAUUAGCGUCCCUCAUUAGCACCGUGUUGUGAUGUCUCAUCUCGUCUCAUGGUGUUUCUGUGCCAAAGCUUCUCAGUGGACUGAAGGGAUCAGAGGGACAUUCCCUCCUUCAAAUGGACACACAGCACACACAUCACUAGGUUAUUUAUUUAGCCUAUGGACCUGCUGGAAAAGAGUCUACCUUCCUGUUUUUUUGUGUAGGCUUCAAGGAGACCUAUUUUCUUUACCCUCUGGCCUCCAGAUGGAAUAGUAUUGUAUUGCAUAAUAAUUUAUGUAUCUAAGUUAUUAGAAAUGAUCUAUUUCUCUGUAGAUGCUGUUUGUAAUGUUUAGCUCGGAUGAUAAACAUUUAUUUUUCUCUUUUCUCUCUCUCUUUUUUUUUUUUUUUUUUUGUCUUGAAAUCUUUUGACAGACCAUCUAUGCUGAAGUCAGUUUUUUUUCCAGGUGUGAUGUUUUUAUAAUGAUUUUGUUUCUCAGACAUUUUCGUCUGGCCUUGACUCGGAUUUAAUUGCAGUCGUUAGCUGGAUACAAAAGCCGUACCAACACCUCUCUCACCUUGCCUUUUAAUUAAAGAAAACAGUUGUGAUAAGCAUAGUCGACUCGGUGUAACAGGACUUCUCGCAGUGGCACAGUCACCUAAUUAAUUAAAUAAACGUUUAUUCUUAAAUUUCGAUGCCUUGCAAGCCAGAGAGUUGCAAAGAAACGAGCACUGUUCGCCAUUUAGUGAAACCUCCGUCUGAAUUUGUACUGGAAAGCUUUCUGUUGAUGCCUGUUGGGUUUUAAAAACCCUCAUGAAUGUGUUCGGCACCUUGUCACAAUCCAUGCUGAGGGAGGGUUUUUUUUAAUUUUAAAUAUAUAUAUUUCCAGGACCUUCUGUGUUGUCUGCAUGACCAAACUGAGACCUGGUGUUCGACUUUUUAACAGCUCCACUAAGAGCUCUAGUUGCUGCUUACCAGCGUCUGCUGGUAUCCUACUAUAUUACUCAUGACAGUGUGUGGGGGAAUGACUCAUCAUAUAGCUCUGUGUGUCCUCUGCUGUGGACAGCUGAGCCGAGCUGGUUGUUUGCUGAACUGAAGUCCAUACAGUGGCCUUUGAAUUUGUUUCGACUUUUCCCCUCAUCAGCACAGAUACCGUGUGAAGUUGAUGAGUUUUGGAUUUCCACUCUUUGAUUUAUUUUGCAUUAUAGAAAUGUGUUCUGGGAUAUGUAUUUUUUUCCAUUUGUAAUGUUUGGUCACUUUUACUCUUUUAUGACUUGAGCUCUAUGUGCAAAUCGAAAACAAGUGUGUGUGCGUGCGUGUGUGCGUGCGUGUGUGUGCGUGUGGUGUUUUUUUUUUUUUUUUUAAAUUUUAGAUAUGAUGAAUCAGCUGAUGUGUUUUUGAACUGUAUGGUGGCAUGCAAAAGUUUGUCCACUGCUGGUCAACAUGACUUACUGUGACUAGUUAAUAAAACAAUUACCUUAUUUCCAAAAGGCAAAUAAUGGUUAAUGGACUUAUUUUUAAAGUGUGUAAAUAAUAGGUUUACCCUCUGCAUGGUCACUUUUUUCUGUUGGUUGACUGUGAGGGUCUUGGAAAACUGUCAGAAGUCUGCUCUUCAUCUUCAGAUCUUUUUGUCCAGUGUUUGAUGGUAUUUAAAUCAAUCCACUCUUCUUUUCACCAGUGAAUGCAGGACUGGUGGCAGCACAGCAUGGUCAAAGCCAUCCCCAUGCUUAACAGUUGAACAAGUAUUCUUCUAAUGAAAGUCCUUAUCCAUUUUUUUCCCCAAGCAUACCUUUGCUUAUUUGGCCAGAUGAGUUUCUUCUGCUGCUUUCUGCUGACUCUCCAAUGAGUCAUAUUUGCACGUUUCACGGCGCAGGAGGUCGGUGCACAACUUCUCCAAACUCUGAUAAAUCUUCCCAAAGGUCAAAGUUUGUUUUUGUCUUUCGCACCUGAGCUGCAUUUCCAGUAUACCUUAAAUUCUUUGCAGACUUCAGGAUCGACUACCUGAAAAUGCUUUCCUCUCUCCUCCUGAGUGGGCACCACUUGUUUUAAUCUCCAGAGUGCUAUGGAGCGCCUUAGAGGAGCAAUAUCAGAGUGUAUAAAGCUUUAAAAUAUGAAACUCACAACUUUCCCCAGUUAUUGCGAAUAAGCCAUAGACCUAAAAAGCAAAUUAAGGUCUGAGACUUUAGUAAAAAUUAUUUGUGAGGUCAAAUCUUGCGUAAAAUGUUAAAAAUCUACAAUUUUAUGCCUUCUGGAGAUCAAUCCAUCCUCUGUUUGCUUAGCUGUUCACAGUAACCUAAACUAUUUUGCAAAUUAUCCAAACUUUUGCAUGUCACUGUAUUGACAUAUAUACCUAAAGUACCUGUCCAGUGUGUUAUUGUGAAAUUAAAGCAAAACAUGUUCGUUAA